AUGGCUACACAAAUUAUUGAUGAUACUCCUAAAACAAAAGGAAAAAGAAGUGGUUUAGGAGAUAUAUUAAAACCACUUAAUUCAGAAUAUGGUAAAGUUGCUCCUGGAUGGGGUACAACACCUUUAAUGGGUGUUGCAAUGGGAUUAUUUGCUGUUUUUUUAGUUAUUAUUCUUGAACUUUAUAAUUCUUCCGUAUUAUUAGAUGGAGUUCCUGUAAGUUGGUAA